UCAGGGGAACGAGGUUGCCGUGUAAACUCUCGGGGACGGUGGCUGCGUAGGACCAAAACGGAUUGGGUUUUGGGAAAGUCGGCUUGGUUAAGAUAGAAACAAGGCAUUCCGUUGCGGAACUCAGGAGUGGGCUUUUCCAAACAGUGAGGAUUUGAGACCCUCAAGCCAUUUAGCCUCGGAUCAAGGCCCUGGAACUGUUACAGAUUGCUGUGGAUCCCCUGUAGAAGAGAAAAUUCUCCAUCUUCUCUAGGUUGAAUUAUCCUUGAUGCCGUUGCCAGUGGCACUGCAGUCUCGCCUGGCUAGGAGAGGCCUGCUAAAGCAUGUGGAGCCUGAACCAGAGGAGGAAAUUAUUGCAGAAGAUUAUGAUGAUGACCACAUUGAUUAUGAAGCCACUAGGAUUGAGAACUUGCCUCCAAACUGGUACAGAGUCAUUGAUCCUGUCUGCGGCCUCCCUUACUACUGGAACAUAGAGAAUGAUCUGGUUUCAUGGCUUUCACCCAAUGAUCCCAACUCUGUGGUGACCAAAGCAGCCAAAAAAUUGAAGAACAAUUUGGAUGCUGAGGAAAAAAUAGAGCGCUCCCAUGAGAAGGUGGAACGGGAAGAUGUGAAGGAACGUCGGUACCACAGACGGGAGGAGCUAGCCCCUUACCCCAAGAGUAAGAAAUCAAACCGGAAGGAUGAGGAACUCGACCCCAUGGACCCGAGUGCAUACUCUGAUGCUCCUCGGGGAACUUGGUCCACUGGGCUGCCCAAGCGAAAUGAGGCCAAGACUGGAGCAGAUACCACUGCAGCUGGACCACUAUUCCAGCAGCGUCCUUAUCCAAGCCCCGGUGCUGUCUUGCGGGCAAAUGCUGAAGCUUCCCGGGCCAAGCAGCAGGACUGAGAGACUCAUCCCCCCACCUUCCCUAAUAUAUUUUAUAAUAAAGCUAUAGGAAAAUCA